AUGAGCGAGGAGCACGCGAGCAAGCAAUCCGUAGAGAUGAAGGAAGACAAAAACACCGUCGCUGUCGGCGCGGACACCGAGCUGGCAGAGGCACUGAGGAAUUAUGUACCCGGGACUGCGGAAGAGAAGGCUCUCGUCCGCAAGAUCGACGCUUUCUUGAUGCCGAUCCUCUGGAUAAUGUACAUUCUCAACUAUGUCGACCGCACAAAUAUCACAUUGUCAAAAAAACAGGGAAAUGCCAAGAUUGCGGGCAUGCAAAAGGACCUUCAACUUACUGACGAUGGUUAUGCUUGGGUCCUGUCAAUCUUUUUCUUCGGGUACCUCAUCUGUGAGGUGCCCUCCAACAUGAUUCUCAGCCGAAGCCGGCCGUCGAUUUUCUUGCCCGGUAUCAUGCUCGUCUGGGGCGCUCUCAGCGCCUUGAUGAGCAUAUCUAGCAACUAUGGCGCACUCCUGGGCUUCAGAUUCGUCUUGGGCUGCGUUGAGGCCGGUUUCUUCCCGGGUGUUUUGUAUCUGCUUAGUUGCUGGUACACCAGGGCCGAGUUGGGCAAACGCUUUGCCAUCUUUUACACUGCCGCCGUUCUCUCCGGUGCCUUUGGCGGUCUUCUCGCAGGAGCCAUCACUUCUAACCUCCACGAUGCCCACGGAAUUGCUGGCUGGCGCUGGCUCUUCAUAGUCGAGGGCGUCGCUACUGUCGGCGUAGCUCUCAUCGCUUUCUUCAUCCUCCUCGACUACCCAGCCACCGCGAAGCAGCUGACUCCGGCGCAGCGGCAGCUCGCUAGCAUCCGCAUCAUCGCCGACGGUAUCGCGUCAGGGGGCCAGAGCCAGCAUCGUCUGUCGCAUUGGCAGGCUUUCGUCGCCGCUGUUUCCGACCCGCGCACGUGGAUGUUCCUUGUUCUUUUCAUGCUCGACGUCGGCGCAGGCACCAUUUCGUACUUCAUCCCUACCAUCACGCUCACUCUCGGCUACGACACCGUGAAGGCGCAGUACAUGACCGUCCCCAUCUACGCCGUCGCGUCGGUCUGUUUGAACAUCGUGGCGUGGAGCUCAGACAAGCAUGGCGAGAGAAGGUGGCACGUUGCCGGCCCCCUGGCCCUCGGAUUCGCUUGCAGCGUCGUUUGUGCAGCAACCCAGAACGCCGUUGUGCGUUAUGUCAUGAUCUGCUUCGUCGCCGCGGGUAUCUGGUCCGCGCUACCUCUCAUCCUCUCCUGGACCAGCGGAACCAUCAGCCUGCCGGCGGAGAAGCGUGCUAUUGUGCUGGCCAUGGUCAACGCCUUUGGAAACUUUUCGAGUGUGUACGGAAGCAGAAUCUGGCCAAGCAAGGACUCACCUGCGUACCACGUCGGCUUCGGUGUCACUGCAGGGUUUUUGGGUGCGGGUAUGAUUCUUGCUGUCUUGAUUCCGAUCAUGGUCAAGGCGGUCAACUGGCAGGGCACGCAGGCGGAGAAGGACCUCGCUGCGGUGCAAGAGGCGGAGGACAACUAA